UUAAAUCUUAUUAUCUAUACACACAUUCAUUGUCACUACUACAUUACAUACAGUAAUAUUUAUGAAAAUAUAAUCGAUUUACAUGACCAUAGCAACGCAUAGUAACAAGUAUAACUAUAUUUAAUACAAAGAGUAAAAGCAAACAAAACUUGAGAUUUGACACAUAUUGAAAUUAUAAAAGAGUUGAUCAUAUAAAAAUGUCGCAAAAUUGGCAUGGUCACUGGACAGAGACCACUUUCACUCCCAAGAGAUUGCGAAAUUGGGAAGUUCCUAAAUGGUACCCCAGUUGGCCGGACAAACAUUGUGUUACUACGAAAUUUAUCACGAAUGAUAGAGGACACAUAUUAGACAACAUAAAAAAAGCCAAACAUUCACCAUGGGGAACAUACAAGACCACAUGGGAUUUACCAAGGAAGAUUACUAAAAGCGUUGCAAAAAAAUUAUCAGAAACUCCUGAGUAUAAGAAAAACUUAUGGGAAUUGCACAGGAAGAUGCAUCAGAAUUUUUGUAAGAAAAUGCAACAAGCAAAACAAAAGAAAAAGAAAAUUGUUGAUCCAGAUUCAGCAAACAAAGACCAUGAAAACAAACCCCAAGAACUAUCUGUAUGCACAGAAAAGAAAAAAAAUGAAAAAGAUGUCAAAAAGGAUAUGUCCACAUAGCCAAUUAGUGUUUAUUCCUUACCCUGUAAGUCGAAAGAGAUGCAUGUUUGCUCGAUGAUAUUGUUUCAUAGCAGGACUCCAUGGAUA